AUGGAUAAAUAUAUUAAAGUGCAAAAGAUUGGAGAAGGAUCUUUUGGGAAAGCAAUUCUUGUCAAAGCUAAAGAAAAUGGCCAACAGUAUGUUAUUAAAGAAAUAAACAUAUCUAAGAUGUCAAAUAAAGAGAGAGAAGAAGCAAGGAGAGAAGUUGCUGUAUUGGCUAACAUGAAACAUCCAAAUAUUGUCCUGUACAGGGAGUCAUUUGAGGAAAAUGGCUUUCUCUACAUAGUGAUGGAUUACUGCGAAGGAGGAGACCUAUUUAAAAAAAUAAAUGCCCAGAAAGGAAACUUAUUCUCUGAAGAUCAGAUUCUGGAUUGGUUUGUACAAAUCUGUUUAGCACUAAAACACAUACAUGAUAGAAAGAUCUUGCAUCGGGACAUAAAGUCACAGAAUAUAUUUUUAACAAAAGAUGGAACAAUACAGCUGGGAGAUUUUGGGAUCGCCAGAGUUCUUAACAGUACUGCUGAGUUGGCUCGCACUUGCAUUGGAACACCAUACUAUUUGUCGCCUGAAAUAUGUCAGAACAAACCUUACAACAAUAAAAGUGAUAUCUGGGCCCUUGGUUGUGUUCUCUAUGAAAUGUGCACACUUAGACAUGCGUUUGAAGCUGGUAACAUGAAGAACCUGGUACUGAAGAUAAUCUCUGGACGUUUUCCUCCUGUUUCUAUGCAUUACUCCUAUGACCUACGUAAUCUGCUGUCACAGUUAUUUAAAAAGAAUCCUAGGAAUAGACCGUCUGUAAACUCCAUAUUGGAGAAAAACUUUAUAGCCAAACGGGUUGAAAAAUUUCUCACACCACAGCUUAUUGCAGAAGAAUUCAAUCACAAAAUCUUCCAGAAGUUUGGACUGCAUGCUGCACCAGCUAGAAGACCAGCUCAAGAGCAAAUGCUGACUUCAGUUGCACCCGCUCAGAAAAUUACCAAACCUGCUGCAAAAUAUGGAGUGCCUUUAGUAAUCAGGAAGUCUUGUGAUGCACCUAAAAAGCCUAAUGAGAAGAAACCAUUGGCUAAAUUUAGGCAGGCCUUUCCAACUCCAAUUAAGAAAAUGAAUCCAGGAGAAGAAAGGAGGAAAAUGUUUGAGGAACCUUCAAAAAAGAAAAGGUUAGAAUUACUUGAAAAAGAAAAACGCCAGAGAGAUCAGAUCAGUUUGCUGAAGGCAGAUGAAAUGAGAAGAUUGGAAAAAGAAAGGAUGGAACGAAUAAACAGAGCCAGGGAACAAGGAUGGAGGAAUGUGCUUGGUUCAGGUGGAAGUUGUGAUGUUAAGGCACCAUAUUAUGGCGGUGGAGGUGGUGUUGGUCCUUUUCCUGUGUCUUCCAGAGGACAAUAUGAACACUAUCAUGCUAUUUUUGACCAGAUGCAACAGCAAAAGGAAAAUAUUAGAGUAGCUGAAGAAAGGGAAGCCAAAUUGAGGGUGAAAGAACAAGGCCGAGAAGUUGUUGAAAGAGGAAUUCCACCUGGAAUACGUCCAGGAGCUCCUAAGGGCCCUGCAGGUCAUCACCAUUUACCUGAUGCUGAUGCAGUUAGGAAAAAAAUGAAAAGAUUGAAGGAGGUGUCUAAACAAGCCAAUGCAAACAG